ACGGCGCCUUACUACACAACGACGUAUGCAGCCCCCAGCUACUACACCACCAAGGCUCCCGAGUCCUACACAACGAAGAAGGCCGAGUAUUAUACAACAACAUAUGCUGCUCCUAGCUACUACACCGAGUCACCUAACUACUACACGACCAAAGCGCCAGAAUACUACACCACAGCCUCCUAUUACACCACUACGUAUGCUGCUCCGACCUACUACACUGAGGCUCCCAAAUACUACACCACUAAGGCACCGGAGUACUACUCAACUACUUACGCUGCACCAAGUUACUACACCGAAGCCCCCAAGUACUAUGCUGUCCCCAGCUAUUCUACUACUACCGCUGCCUACUACACCGAAGCAGAAGCAACCAAGUACUACGUAGCUCCGACUUACUACACUGAAGCUGCUCGGUCUUACUACAGUGAGCCCACUUACUACACUGAGGCCCCUCAGUAUUACUCCGCCCCGUCUUACUACACCGAACCCAGCUACUACACAACAACAACCUAUUCCACCCCAGCUUAUUACCCUGAAGCUCCCAAGUACUACUCGGCUCCAAGCUACUACACUGAAGCCCCGGUUUACUCUGCUACAUAUGCCAAGCCAAGCUACUACACCGAUGCAACACAAUACUACACUACAGCUUCUUAUUAUACCACUAAGGUCCCCGAGUACUACGCAAUGGAAAAGGCCGAAUACUACCCUACCACUUAUGCUGCUCUCAUUUACUACACUGAGGCUCCUAAAUAUUCGGCUCCAACCUACUACCAGAACGAGGCUCCGAAGUACUACACCACUAAGGCGCCUGAAUACUACGCGCCUUCUUAUGCUACCCCAAGCUACUACACCGAAUCUCCCGUCUAUUACACUACGACUUACUCCGCUCCCGAGUACUACACCACCAAGGCCCCCGAGUACUACACCACCAAGGCCCCCGAGUACUACACCACCAAGGCCCCCGAGUACUACACCACCAAGGCCCCCGAGUACUACACCACCAAGGCCCCCGAGUACUACACCACCAAGGCCCCCGAGUACUACACCACCAAGGCCCCCGAGUACUACACUACAACGUAUUAUGCUCCCAGCUACUAUACCGAGGCACCCAAGUAUUACUCAGCCCCAAUUUACUACCAAACUGAAGCCCCCAAAUACUACACCACAAAAGCGCCAGAGUACUACACUACCACCUACGCUGCUCCCAGUUACUACACUACCACUUACGCUGCUCCCAGUUACUACACUACCACUUACGCUGCUCCCAGUUACUACACUACCACUUACGCUGCUCCCAGUUACUACACCGACGCUCCAGCCUACUACCCAACAUAUGCAACCCCAUCUUACUACACUGAGCCACCAAAGUACUAUUAAUUGUUAAGAUUGUGUUGUCCAUCUAGCUCGAUGAAGUGUCAAUUGGAUUUUGUUUAUUCAUUGGCAGUCCUCGUUCCAAAUUAAGUAUUUCCUUGAUAUAUAUUUAUGCAUUCACUAGUCGUUCCAUACCAUUGUGGUUACUCAAUGAAAUGAUGAAUACAAAUGUAUAUCGUUACCUAA